CUGGAAAUCACGGAAGUAAAAUAAACCCAGCUCGACAGGAGAGGGACAGCAGUUUGUGAAAAGUGAGCGACUGUCUUGUAAUUAACACCCUGGUAUUAACAUGGAGGAAGUUUCAUCCAAUGCAGCAAGCGGUGUUACAGGUAGUGAGAAGGAAGGGAAUGGAGAGCAGCACAAAGCCUUGCUGUGGUCAAUCCAGGAAGCUGCGGAGAGGCAUACAGUCCAGAUUGGGGUUUCAGCUUGUGGUGCUACAGCAGUGGUGGAUGUGCUCCAGGCUCUGGGGAUUAUUGUGGCACCAGAAACAGCUGACCACUGUGUACGGACUAAGUUGAGGAGGAAUAAUUCCCCAUUGCCUGAUUACCUUCACUCACGCAGCGAAGCUGGUGCCACACACAGUCAGCUGAUAGACGGAGCAAAGGAAGCUAGUGGUGGACGAGUGCUGGGCAGAUUCUUUGGUUUCUACCCACCCAGGCAGGUAAAUCUGGUGCCUUGGCUGGCACACUGGAUUCGGCAUAGAGCUGUACCUGUAGCCACCAUGAACAUGCAGCGUGGAGUGGCAGAAGGUGAAGAGAUCCCUGACGCCUGGCAUCACCAACUGAUAUUUGGGGUGGCGCCCAAUGCUGUUUUCAUGACUAAUCCACUGGAUGUGGUUAGUGAAGAGGAGUUACAUGUGCGUCUGUGCAGUGAUUCUGUGCUGCUGAUACGUCGUGAAGAUGUCUUAAAGAGAUUAACGGCAGACUGUCCUCUUUCACUGAUCUCAGACCAUCAGAACGAUCCCCGCUGGAAAACUCUUAAUGUGGAAGGUCAAGUUAGAAAAAUGAUUGAUGAAGAAAACUGUGAGGAAGACCAUCUAAAAAUGACGCACGUAACAAUCCCAGCAGCAUACAGCUCAGGAAUUACAGUUUUUGCUCUCAGGGAUUCAUCUAUCGGUCAGGAGCUCCUCAGUGCCCCCGAACUGCCUUUGCUGUGAUCUCUGGACCUCUUGGGCUGUGUUUGGUCUAAGUUUCAGUACUGUAACUGUGAUUUCACCAACUGUAACUGAUGUCAGAAACUGGUAAUAAUUCACUAUACUUCAUUUUUCACACUGUCAGUAUUUCAGACUUUUGAUAUCAUCUCGAAACAGAAGGCUACGUAUGGAACCGUGAUCUAGGUCUGAGUGCAGGACCACCAGGAAAAGAUUCCUUCAGAAGGAAAAACAUCCUGUUCUCUAAUUGGAAAACAAGGAUAAGACCUGCAAAUAAUUGGAAUUCGCCAGCUUUGUUGUUGAGCAGGUUCGGCUUGCAUGUGGGUUUGUCCUGUAACAUUAUCAGUAAUAUAUCAUGUCUGUCAAAUCUGUUUAUUUAUGUCAUUAAAAAGGAAGAGUGGAAAUGUGGUUGAUUGAAAUGUACUGAUUUUAAUUUGUUUACACUUUGAUCAGUUGUUUUUGUUCAGAAAUGAAAGUAUGUCAAACUAAAAAUUUGUCCUGAAUUAUU